AUGAAGCCGACGGUCAAUUAUUCGUUGUAUUUGGUAACAAGCUCUACGCAAGUAGCUCCAGGAUCUAGCUUGGAAAAGCAAGUAGAAGAAGGAAUUAUCGGAGGAGUUACUUUGGUUCAACUUCGGGAGAAAGAUAUUUCCACAAAAUUGUUUUUGGAAAGAGCGAAAAAUGUUUUGGAUAUUUGUCGAAAACAUGGCGUGCCACUAUUGAUUAACGAUCGAGUCGACAUUGCAUUAGCCAUUGGCGCUGAAGGAGUUCACAUCGGACAAGAUGAUAUGGAUUGUAAAACAGUUCGCAAAAUUUUAGGAGAGGAUUCCAUAAUUGGUGUCUCUACAAAUAAUAUUCACGAAGUCGACUGUGCUGCUGCUGAUUGUGCCGAUUAUGUUGGGAUUGGCUCUAUUUACGAUACAAGUACCAAAAAUGUCAAAGAGCGUAUCAUUGGUAUUACAGGUCUUCGCAAGAUAUUGGAACACAUGUCAAAAAUGCCCCGUCAGCUGAAUUCAGUUGCCAUUGCUGGUUUAAAUGAUACUAAUAUCCAGAGAGUAAUGUACCUGAGCGAAGUUAAUGGAAAGCGCAUUGACGGUAUUGCUUUAGUUUCUGCUAUCAUGUCAUCAAGAACACCUUGCGAAACUGCCAAGAACCUUCGUCAUAUGAUUGAAUCCCCUCCUUGUUUCGCUCAAGUCCAUUCCAAUAUAUCAACAGUUCCAGAGUUAGCUGCCCAAGUGGGUCCCUUGUUCGCCAAAACAAAGGAUUAUACCCCUUUAAUUCAUCAUCUAACGAAUGGUGUUGCCAAAAAUUUUUCUGCGAAUGUGACUUUAGCUGUCAACGCUUCUCCAACUAUGGGAGAAAGUAAGGAAGAGGUUGCUGACUUUGCUAAAUUUGCUGGUUCACUUGUUUUGAACAUUGGGACUGUGCAGGAUCGAGAGACGCUUAUUUAUGCUUCUCAAGUCUAUAAUUCCCUGAACCGACCUAUUAUUUUGGAUCCAGUAGGUGUUGGUGCAACAAAGUUUCGCACCGAUGCCGUUUCAGGAUUAUUGAACAAUGCGUAUUUUGAUAUAAUUAAAGGCAACGAAGGCGAAAUUAUGUGUAUCGCCGGUGAAGAGGGUCUUAUGAGAGGGGUUGAUAGUAUCUCUCAGCAUACUAUUAGUUCAAGAACUUCUGCCGUAGAGAAAUUAGCUUUGGAACGGCGCUGCGUUGUCACCAUGUCUGGACCGACGGAUAUCAUUAGUGACGGGAAGAGCACUUAUAUCAUUAAAAAUGGAACUCCUUUACUAGGAAAAAUAACUGCUUCUGGCUGUUCCUUAGGAAGCGUGAUGGGUGUUGCUGUUUCUUUAUGCCAAGAAGAUAAACUACUUGCCGCAGUUUCUGCGACAUUGCUAUAUAAUAUUGCCGGGGAAUUAGCAGUUAUCGAAAAAAACCCUGUAGUAUCUCACACUGCACAAGGUCCUGGAACCUUCGUGCCCGUUUUUAUUGACAAGUUGCAUUUCCUUGUCAAUCAGUGCAUGGAGGGUGACUAUAAUUGGAUGAAUUAUGCUCGUAUUGAAAAACUCUGA